UCAGCAGUCAGCCAAAAACUGUACAAGCAUCAACAUGAAAUUCAUCAUCGCAGCACUCGCCCUCGUGGCCGUAAUUGCCGCCCAGGAGCAACACGCUACCAUCCUCCGUCAGUCCAGUGACAUCAGCCCCGAAGGUUCGUACUCAUACAGCUACGAAACCGACAACGGCAUCAGCCAUUCGGAGACCGGUGACGCAAGAGUACCAAGCGAAGAAGGACUCGCCGUUGCCGCCGCCGGCCAAUACCAAUACACUGCUCCGGACGGUAACGUCAUCCAGCUGUCCUACACUGCUGACGAGAACGGAUUCCAGCCCCAAGGCGCUCACUUACCUGUCGCCCCCGAAAUCCCCCAGGCCAUCCUCAGGGCUAUUGAGUAUAUCCGUAGCCACCCUCAGCCCCAGCAAUAAAUUGUUCAAAACUAGAAGAUGAACCGGAUUUACAUUGACCACCUCUACAUUACAAUAGUUUCGUCUGCACACUUCAAUUAGAUAAUCAAGAUUUCGUUGAAGAUGUACAAGGUAUAUUUGUGACGAGUCUCCAAUGAUACACGUUUAGGGAUGAAUUGACUGGCUAUGUUGGCAAUUUUUUGGCUGACUCAUUUUUCACUGAUCUUUUACAAUAAAAAAUUUUCUUCUACAUAU